AAUUUGGAUUGAAAACUAGAAAUGGCAAAUCAUGACGACCCUAACACAAACUGUAAAUGUGAUAUUUGUGGUCACUCAUUCACAAGCCGUUCGCGAUUAAAUAAUCACAUUCUACUUCAUACUGGCGAGAAGCCAUAUAAAUGUGAUAUUUGUAGCAAGUCUUUUGGUUCUAGAUAUACUCUACAGGAACACACCAGAACUCAUACCGGACAGAAACCAUAUUCUUGUGAUGUUUGUUUUAAAUCAUUUACCAGAAAAGGUACUCUGCGGCAACACACCGAAACUCAUAUUGGGAAAGGUCCCUUUUCUUGUGAUGUUUGUAGUAAAUCAUUUACGUAUCUCAGAACCUUAACAAGACACACAAAAAUUCAUACCGGUGAAAAACACUAUUCGUGUGAUGUUUGUAGUAAAUGGUUUAGAUCUAAUUGGUCUCUACAACUGCAUAUCCGUACCCAUACUGGAUCAAAACCGUUCAUUUGUGAUGUGUGUAGCAAAUGUUUUGCAGCCAGGAGUGUUUUAGUAGCUCAUACUAGAAUCCAUACAGGGGAAAAACCCUUUUCUUGUAACGUCUGUAGAAAAUCGUUUACAACUUGGAGUACAUUACAACAACACACCCGGACCCAUACUGGGGAAAAACCCGUAUCCUGUGAUGUUUGUAGAAAGUCCUUUACAACUACCAGUUCUCUAUAUAAACACAUCAGAACCCAUACUAGAGAGAUACGCCUUACAUGUAACAUUUGUAGUAACUCGUUCGCAACUCUUGAUACUUUAAAGGCACACGCAAAAAUUCAUACAGGAGAAAGGGCGUUUUCGUGUGAUGUUUGUACCAAAUGUUUCAGGACUAAUGCGUGUCUAAAUCGACACAUGAGAAUACAUACUGGCGAAAAACCCUUUUCUUGUGAUAUUUGUAGUAGAUCGUUUGCGCAUAGGAGUACUCUACAGGCACAUACCAUGAUUCAUACUGGUGAAAAACCCUUUUCAUGUAAUGUCUGUAGAAAGUCAUUUACAACUAGGAGUUCUCUACAGCGACACACACGGGUCCAUAUUGGAGAGAAAACCCUUUUGUUGUGAUAUUUGUAGAAAGUCAUUUACAACUAGGAGUUCUCUACAGCGACACACACGGAUCCAUAUUGGUGAGAAACCCGUUUCUUGUGAUGUUUGUAGAAAGUCAUUUACAACUCGUAGUGCUCUGUAUCUACGUACCAGAAGAAACCCAUACUGAAUAGAAACCCGUUUCUUGUGGUAUUUUUAGUAACCCUUUUACGGCUUUUAGAACAUUGUUAUAAAUAUUUUACUACGGCUUUUAGAACUUUGUUAUAAAUAUUUUAAUACUAAAAGUUCUCCACAGAGAAAUACCAGAAGUCAUACGGAAGAUAAAACCCGUUCCUGUCAAAUUUGUAGUAACCUUAGUCUACAACCAG